AUGUCGGACUGCCUUCUUGCGCUGAGACAGGCCAUAAAAUCAAAAGCGGCCGUUACAUUUACAAAAGACGGCGAAUCAACAACUUCAGUUUCCGCCGCAACCCACGUACAUGUUCCUCCCAAUCACUCUUUCCCGAAGGACACCCCAACCCGCUACCGGAAGCCGGAUUCCAAGUCUUCGGACCCUUCUGCGAACCCUCAAGACUUCUACUCUCUCGUCGCAAUCUAUGUAGCAUGGAUGCUGAAGGAUCUCACGGGCUCGGAGUACAUGAAGCAGUGUCGAGAACACGGUCUCUCUCUGGGCUAUAUCAGUAUAACCGAGCGCAAGGCCGUAAUAGACUGGCUGGAAGGGAAAGACACACAUCCCGAGCGAUUCGCCCCCCUCUCAGACGCGAACUCUUCACCGUCCAAACGUAAAUACGUCCCCGACACCGCGGAUACCGAAGCGGUCAAGAAAAUCAAGCAGAAUGAAAUCGAGCUCCAGGACCGCAACAGCGUGCUACGAGGCAUCAAGCCCAACAAUUUCUCCAAUAUCCGCGCCUCGUACGCCGACAAGUUGAAGAAGAUGAAAGACGCUGGUAAACCAGGCGCCGGUGCGCUUCCUGCAGUGGGGCAAUCGUCGACAGAUCCCAAGAUGGCCGCUCGUAAAGCUCGCAACAUGUAUCCCAUCAUCAUGAUUUCAUCCUCUCCAACUGCCCUCAUCACUAUGUACAACGUCAAAAAGUUCCUUCAAGAAUCGGUGUUUGAAACGUCACAGGACGCUCGGAGCAGAGCCGCCGCGGAAGGAAAUCCACGGCCGGAAGACAUGAUUCCAAUAUAUCGCAAACGCACGCACAUCGACUCCAGCGGCAAAGAAACUGAGCACCAUGCACGAUACUUUGUCGUGGACAGCACAGAAGCUUUAGCCAAGUUCGGAGCUGACGCGUGGGACCGUGUGGUGUGUGUUAUGACCACCGGUCAAGCAUGGCAAUUCCGACCGUACAAAUGGAAUGACCACGGUGCGUUGUUUAAGGGUUGA